CAACAAUGGGCAGGGGUAAAAUUAUAUUUUUGCCCAUUUUCUGUAAGCGGCUUGGUAAGCCUGUUGGGCUCUGUAGAACGACCUAGGGGCCAUUAGGGCUCAAAAUAUUUUGGCAUCUCUCUCUCUCUUUUUGAAUCAUCCACCAUGGAAUCCAUCAACCAAGCUUUCCUUCUUAUUUCGCUUUCGUCGCUACUACGUUGGAAUCUUUCAAUCAAAGUUUUUUCCCUUUGGAAACCUUGCUCGAGGAAGCCUUCAGCACUAAUCCUUGACUUGCAAAAUUUGAGGUGGCCUUGACACGUUCCAGGCAGGAGCUAGUUGAGCAGAUUCUUAAUCAGUAUCAGAAGGAUGAGUGUUUUUACACUGUGAGCUGGGCGUGCAAUAUUGAUGAAAUUCCAUUUUUAGAUGGUAGGGCAACCAUGGAAUCUCCCUGAUCUUUAAUUACCCAUUACGACCCAAAAAGGGGAAGCCUGGUGUGAGGAUUGGAUGCAAGGUUUCCUGGCCUUUUCACUUUUCCUAUCAAUUAGGGAGUGCUUUUUCUGUCAAUGAAGGUUUGGGAGUGCUUUUCUUUGAUAUUUGGAUCGUUGUAUACACCCCCCAUAUUUCACCCCGAAGCUUUUACACUUUGAAAGUCAUUCUCGAUUUUUACUGGUAUUUUGCACAAUAUGGCAUUGUUAUUAUUUUCAAAAUCUCAUUUACAGUUUUACACAAGCUUUUAUUUUUCUUGAAAGAAGGUUCAAAUUUUUAUUAGAUUAAGUUAAAUUACAGACCUGAACAGAACCAAACUAACUACAAGAUGGAACUGAAAGACACCAAAAGGUCCACCAACAACUAUAACCAAACACAUCCUAACCCAACCCCCCAAAAUGAGUGGCAGAAACCUCAAACUGGGAAAGGAAAUGAGACUCAAAACCAUAAUGCCUUCAGAAUAAAAAACUGCCAGAACCAACACAUGCCCAGAAAGGUGAUAAAGCUGCAAUGAAAGAAAGAUAGACAGAUGCUAGGCUGAUCAAAAUGCGGUUGCCAAAAACCAACAAAUAGAACUUCCAGCCAAACUUCAUGUGCCAAUAAAAAAGCAGGGAUCAUUUCAUUAAGAGCUUAAGAGCCAACCUUCAUUAGGACUCAAUCUUCCUUCGUGUGCCAACAUAUCAAGUUGCAAGUUGCAUCAGACCCUGGAUAAGACCCACCCACGGGGAAAACAGAUCUGCCGAGUGGGAAUUGCCCUUUCCAAGAUUAUGGCUUUCACAAUAACUGAAGGCCUCCAAUCCCAGCAAGUAGAAAACUUAGAAAAUGACUAGGCACCACCCAUGGAGCCAAAGAUCCAAACCAAGAGGCUUCAUGACCCUACAACAAUAAGAAAACUCAGUAGCUAGCAAAAAUCCCAUUGAAUUCAUUGCAACCCACUCCCUCUUGAACCACCCGCUGAUGAUCAAUAAUAGCCUUUAAAACACCAGCCUCAUCCUUAGCCAACAAAUCCCGCUCAUGGUCAAGCUGUGUUGCAAAUGAGUGGGGGCAACCUUCAUUUUGAAUGCUGCAAAGGUCUCUGCCAUAACAAGUUGUGAGUUAUUUUCUUAUUGGUUUUUUAAGCUAAAUACUGAAAGGAGAGUGCGUGAAAUUGGUUAAUUUUCUUGCAUUUUCUUGGAAGCCAUGAUCUAGUCAGGUUCACUUCCUAGGUAAGGCAGAACUGGGGGACUCCACCUUGGUUUUUAAUCUGUGGUGCCCACAGUCAACGAAUAAGAAAGCAGCACUGCGUGCAGCUAAAGGGGCGCUAUGAUUCUUAACAUUUACAUUCUAAUCAAACUGCUAUGUGAAGAAAACACAUCUGUUAAGUGAGUACUUGGAUUGAAAUUUCAGAGUAUAAUAUGAUUUCAUAUCUAUGGUUUUGUAUGAAAGAUGCUUAAUUAGCUUUUUCCUAAUUGUUAGCAGCUUGAGUAAUUUCUUUUUUUUGGGCUUGGACUUUGAAUAAUGUUUUUCUUUUCAAUGGAAAGAUAAUCAUUUGUUUGCCUUAAGGAUGGAUAACGAUAAUCAGUUGGAGAAAUCAGACCAUAGAUAUGAACAGUUUUUACAUUGAAAAGAAAAACAUUCUUCUAUGUCCGAGCCAAAAAAAAAAACAUUAUUAAAAGUUGCUUACAAUUACAAAAAAGCUAAUUAAACAUCUUUUAUACAAAACCAUAGAUAUGAAAUCAUAUUCUACUCUAAAAUUUUGGUCUAAAGUUAUUCGCUUAGGUAGUAUUUGUUAACUAAGAUAUAUAUUGAAAAAAUUGGGAUAUGGAAAGCAUUUCAGACAAAAAUAAUUUUCAUUUGUGUUUGUUAAAUUUAUCUACAAAGAAGUCAUGUGACUUUUUGUCUUAGAUUUUUCAGAUAAAUUUAUCUCUUCCUUCUUCUUUGGACAAGUUAUCUUGGAUUUUACAGAUAAGUUAUCUUGAUAAAAUUUUAUCUUACUCAUUUUAACAAAUGCUACCUUAGUAAAUGUGCUUUCUGCACAUAGCAGUUUGAUUGGGAAUGCAAAUGGCUGAAGAAUUAUAGCGCCCUUCAGCUGACUCUGGGCACCACAGCAUUUCUAAACCAAGGUGAAGUCUCCCAGUUCUGCCUCAACUGUUACCUUUAAAGUGAACAUGACCAGAUCAUGGAUUUCAAAGAAAAUGCAGGAAAAUGAACCAAUUUCAUGUAGUUUCCUUUCAAUAUUUAGCUUAAAAAACCAAUAUGAAAAUAACUUAUAAUUUGUUAUGGAAAGGACCUUUGCUAAUGAAGGUUGCUUCCUCUCAUUUGCAACACAAAGCUCGAGUAAAACAAUAAACAAGAUUUUUGAAAACAACAAUGCUAUAUUGUGUCAAAUACUUGCAAAAAUUGAGAAUGGUUUUGAAAGUGUAAAGAGUUCGGGGUGAAGUUAGAAGUAUAUGUAAUGGUUCAAUAUCAAAGAAAAACACGCCCCAGAACUAUAUUGACAAAAAAUACUCCCUUCAUUGUCAGAAAAGGUGAAAAAGCCAAGCAACCCUCACGUCCACACCUCACAUGGGGUUUUCCCAUUCUAGAUCGCAAUGUCUAAUUAAGGAUCAGGAGAUUCAAUAGCUAAUCAAAGUCCAGGAUCAGCUCCUCGAGUGCAGCCAGAGUGGACUCCAAGGUUGACUGUCGUCUUUCAGCAGUGAAAUUUAGCGGUGGUGGUGGACUGAAGCCAAUGCUGCCAAGAUUAAUGCCUCUACUAAGCUUGUCUGGUCUGAAAAUCUUGUCAAGGCUUUCACUUCCUGCAAAUCAUCAUUGGAAUUAUUCUGAAUAUUCAACCCAGGAAUCUGACUCUCGAUAGAAUCCCUGUUGAUAAUUAUGCUUUAGUUGCUGAGUCAUCCAUGAGUUUAGGAGGUUGUUAUUUUUUUCUUCUGUUGCAGAUUUUUUAGGAGUUUGUUAUGUGCUUAUCAAGUCAAGUUUAGUUGCUUAAAUUUAGCUUUCUGUUGAAAGACUAUAGCUGAUUACGGGAUUUGUAGCAGGUUUUCAGGAUUAGCAGCUGAUUUAGUUACAAAUCUCUUGUAUUUAAGCUUCUGUGAAUUUAAUAAAAAGUGUGUGAGUGAUUUCAGCUUCUCAUCAGUUUAAACAGUGGUAUCAGAGCCGUCAUAUCUUGAGGGACCUUGUGAGUAUAAAAAAUGCAAUCUGAGACAUCCUUUACAGCUGCGGCACCUCCUGUGUUCGACGGAGAAAACUAUCAAAUGUGGGCAGUGAGGAUGGAAGCCUACUUGGAAGCCAAUGAUCUUUGGGAAACAGUGGAAGAGGACUACGAAGUUCCACCUUUACCAGAGAAUCCAACAAUGGCACAGAUCAGAAAUCACAAAGAGAAGAAGCAGAAGAAAUCCAAGGGAAAAGCUUGCCUUUUUACAGCAGUUUCAUCAACUAUCUUUACCAGGAUUAUGACUCUCAAGUCAGCAAAGGCAAUUUGGGAUUUUCUCAAGAAAGAGUAUGAGGGAAAUGAGAAGAUCAAAGGGAUCCAAAUGCUGAACCUAAUCAGAGAGUUUGAGAUGCAAAGAAUGAAAGACUCAGAAACUGUGAAAGAGUAUUCUGAUAAGCUUCUUUGCAUAGCAAAUAAGGUAAGGAUACUUGGUGGUGAGUUUCUUGACUCUAGAAUAGUCCAGAAGAUUCUGGUUACUCUUCCAGAACGUUUUGAAUCAACAAUUUCUUCUUUGGAGAACUCAAAGGAUUUGUCCAGCAUCUCUUUGGCAGAAUUGUUGAAUGCUCUUCAGGUACAAGAGCAGAGAAGACUUAUGAGGCAAGAAGGAACCAUUGAAGGGGCUUUACAGGCCAAACUGCAGAUCAAGGGCAAGAAGAAGCAGGGGAAGAAAGGAAGUGCUGAUCAGCCUUGCAAUUCAAUCUGGGGGAGCAGACAAAUCAAAUUAUCCUCCAUGCCAGCAUUGUGGAAAAAAAGGUCAUUCUCCUUUUAA